AUGAUAUGCAACUCAUGCAGAUCUGCUGUGCGCACUGGAAAAGUCCCACGAUUUGCCCUUUGUAAUGGGUUGUGGCUUGGCCAGGUACCACCUGAAUUGAAAAAUCUUACUUUCUAUGAGCGGAUCUUGGUUUCGAGAGUGCGCCAUUCAAAAUGUUUUGUUCGCGUUCAGCGGGGUGGUUCUAAUGGUAAUGGACACAGUAAGUUGGUCUCCAAUGUCAUUGCUUUUGAAAAUCCCACUCCAAAAAUAUAUAAUAUUCUUCCUCCUCCGAGGAAAGAUAUUGAGGAAGUAUUAGCAAUAAUGUUUUCAGGUUCUGGAUCACCAACAGAUGAUGAUUAUAAGCGUGCUUUGUUACUGGUCCGUCGAAAUGUUGUUGCUGAUGCAAUCCAUUGGUGCAUAUUGAACCAUUGUGAUUAUAAUGAUGUUCUCUUUUCACCAGAUAAUCUGCAGGGGUAUGCUGAGGAUUCUCCUAUUGUCAGUAUUGAGUUCUUUGAAAAACAUAGCAACCGCAAUGCAGAAGGUGUGAGUGUACAUGAUGACCUUGACGAUGAUGGAAUUGAAGGAGGUGACUGUGUUUUUACUGUGCAUGGUAUAGUAGGUGAAGAUUUGCAGCACAUGUCUUCCGAGGCUCAGAAGGCUCAGGCAAUAAAACAUCUUGAUGCUGGUCGCAAAUUCUUGCGCAUGUCUCAUGCCCAAAAUCCAGAAAGUCUGUACAAUAAUCCACACCUAUACCCAAAAAUGUUUCCUUGGUUGUUUCCAUUUGGUCUAGGUGGCAUCGGUGGUACUAGAUUACCCUCGAACAAAUUAUCUGAUGAAAAACACAAGAGUUUGUUGAUGUUGUACCAUGAUAAA